AUGAUCGGCGCAUUGAUGGAGACAGACGAGAAGGAGAUCACCAUGCACUUCCUAGCCUGGCCGAUUCUAUCCUCAGCAGUUCUCCUCUUUUGCUCAUGGCUGUUUACUCCACCACCAGACACCAAGUCCACCCCUCGGGCAGGACCAGCACCAGGAUGGUUUGGCCUUGCCCGCGCAAAGCGUAACUUCCUCGCCAACGGUGGAAAAAUCAUUCAAAGUGGAUAUGACAAGUACAAAGACAGCAUGUUCAAGGUGCAAACGGCGGACAUGGAACGCAUCGUCCUCAGCAACAAAUACGUGGAUGAGAUUCGCACCGCUCCAGAGAGCGUCUUGAGCGUGCGUGCUGGCAUGACCGAGAGACAUCUUGGGAAGUACUCGACACUGGACAUCAUACUUACCAGUCACCUACAAAACGAUGUUUGCAAGGUUCAGUUGACGCAGAACCUCAAUAAGCUUGUUGGUCCCGUCAACGAAGAAGCAUGUUUUUGGUUGUCCAAGACGAUCCCAGAGGCAAAGGGAGAAGUCUCUCUCAAGGGCUAUGAAAGCAUCCUACGCACCGUCGCCGGAGUCACUUCCAGAGUUCUGGUUGGACUCCCGGUCAGCCGCAGCGAAGAGUGGCUCAACACGGCUACGGGCUACACACUGGACGUUUUCCAUGUUUCAACGGGGCUGAGAGCCUAUCCGCCCUUCAUCCGUCCCUUCGUCGCGCCGUUCCUAUCAUCGACGGCGCGGGUCAAACGCCACAUUCGAACUGCGGAGAAAUGCUUGGUGCCGCUGUUCGAGAAGCGACUCCAAUCGUCUGGGGAGGACAAGUCUCUGGACAUGGUCCAAUGGCUGACUGAUUCGGCACGAGGAUCGGACCGCGACGCGAAGGUGCUCACGCGCAAGAUGCUGUUCUUGACGUUGGCAGCCGUGCACACCAGCACCAUGAGCGCAACGCACGCGCUCUUCGACUUGUGCGCGAUGCCGCAGUACAUCGAGCCGUUGCGCGACGAAAUCCGCGAGGUAGUCGGCAAGGAAGGCUGGACUCUCUCGGCCAUCAACAACAUGAAGCGGCUUGACAGCUUCAUGAAGGAGUCCCAGCGCGUGAACCACCCCGGUCUUCUGUCGUUUAACCGCAAGGUCAUGUCACCGCUACGUCUAUCCGAUGGCACCGUCAUCCCGGCAAAGUCCUUCAUCACCAUGGCGACCAACUCGAUUGCGCAGGACGAGCGCUACUACAUGAACCCCGAUUCGUUCGACGGGUUCCGGUUCUUCAGAAAGCGCAUGCAGUCGGAGGACGAAGCCAAGCGGCACCAAUUCACCAGCACGGGAGCCACCAGUCUGCCUUUCGGGCACGGCAAGUUUGCCUGCCCCGGCCGGUUCUUCGCGGCGGCGCAGAUCAAAGCGGUGCUCGCCAACAUCCUUCUCAAGUACGACGUCUCUUUCCCGGCCGGACAGACGGAGCGUCCUGAGAAUGUGUUUUCUGGAGAAGGGAUCGGGCCGAGUCGCGAGCAGGCGGUUGUUUUCCGACCGCGUAGAGAAACGACGGCUGCGAAGGCGUCCUGA